AUGCAUUUUUUAAAAAAUUCAAGUCAAUUCAUUGUAAUCUCAACACUUUUUAUAAUUCUCUCACAACACAUAAUCACUUCUUAUUCGCAAGAACAUGAAUUUAAAGGUCGUGGAACAUUUUUUGAUCCUGGUUUAGGUGCAUGCGGUCAACAUUCAUCAGGGUCAGAUUUGAUAGUAGCGCUUAAUGCUCCUCAAUUUGGUAACUCGAAAAAUCCUAAUGAAAAUCCAAUGUGUGGUAAAAAAGUUACUAUAACCGGUCCAAAAGGAACCGUUACUUGUAAAAUUGUAGAUAGAUGUCCUGGAUGUCCUUUUGGUGCUUUGGACUUAUCACGAGCCGCUUUCGAUAAAAUUAGCACCCAAGCUCUUGGUGUUACUGAAAUUACUUGGAAAGGAGAUUCUGAUGAGUCUGUAGGAAGUUUUCUUAGAGGUGAAUUGAUAUUAAAUUUAUCUAACCCGACGAGAAUUCGUAAAAUUGAUAUGAGAUUUACUGGAAGAAUGAAAACAUUUUGGCCCGAGGGAAAAAUUUAUUAUGGAUCGAGUGCGAAUCGUAAUGAAUUAUGCGAGGAACAAGAAAUAAUGGCACAUGACUGGACGUUUGUUCCACCACCUAAUUCAUCACCCAAAACGUCACCUCCUUCACCGAUAAGUUCAACUUCAGGUCCAUAUAGAUUCAGUGUCAUUAGCUCCAGUCCUUCAGAUACUUCAUCUUCAAUAUUUACUUCAUCCUCAAGAUUUCACUUAAUCCCUGCCGGAAUACAUAAAUAUCCAUUUGAACUAUUCGUACCGGGUAAAGUUCCCGAAACGAUCGAGGCUGUUCGUGGUACGGUGAAUUAUAAAUUAAGUGCUGCGGCGAUUCGAUCCGGGUUAUUUCCAAACCUACACGUCUCUCAACGUGUACCUAUAAUUAGAACCAUCCUCGAAGAAAGAAAUUCUGAAGGAAUUGCCAUCGCGAGUAAUUGGAACGAUCAGUUAGAUUAUGAAAUUACCAUUCCUAAGAGAGCUUAUCCCAUGGGUGAUUCCAUUGAUAUUGACCUGAAAUUAACCCCUCGAGUGAAAAGAAUGCAAGUUGUCGGGGUUAAAAUACAAAUCGACGAAGAAUCCCUUUAUAAAGCGAGAGGUCAAAAAAAUAUUGAAUUACGUAAUUUGUCAUUAUAUAAAGAUGAGGAUUUCUGUGGUCAAGAAGGGAAUGAUCUCGAGAAUUUAUUUUAUCAAAAAAACAUUUCGUUUCCCAUUCCAAAAUCUACAAAUCACUUACAUUACUCAUGUGAAACUACUUCGAUCAAAAUUUCACACCUCCUUAAAUUCGUUUUCACGAUAAAGUUACCUUAUGAAAAUUAUAAUAAUAAGAAGAAGAAAGCUGAAGUUAAAGUGGACGUUCCUAUUACAAUACUUUCUAGUAAAUGUGCUGAGGACUUACCCCAAUACGCUGAUGACAUUUAUUGUCCUUUUGAUGAUAAUGAUAAUAAUUCUUCCCGAAAUUCUACAUUAUGGCGUAAUUAUCUUAGUAAUCAACUUGACUUCGUCAUGUGA